CACCGAUGCUAUCCACCACCUCAACCUCCUGGUCACAAUCCCCCACCUCCACCUCCAUCUCUACCUCCAGGUCUCCGACCUCCACCUCCUGCACCAGGUUUCCAACCUCUAAAACCGGAUCUCGAGCCUCCACCUCCGCCUCCGCCUAUAGAUUUCCAGCGUCCGCCCCCACCUCCACCACCGGGUCUCCACCCUCCACCUCCGCCUCCGCCUACAGGUUUCCAGCCUCCACCACCGGUUCUCCAGCCUCCACCUCCGUCCUUACCUACAGAUUUCCAGCCUCCAUCUCCACCACCACCUCCAUCACCGGGUCUCCAGCCUCCACCCCCACCUCCGCCCACAGGUCUCCAGCCUCCGCCGCCACCCCCGGGUCUCCAGCCUCCUCCCCCACCU